CUCGCCCUGUUUACGAAACCAUCUCCUCUAACUCUUUCUGGCUUUGUGAUGAGUGUCGCGCUACCGUAAACAAUCGUUGUUUAAAGGAACUGUGCGAUAACGUUCCUAUUGUGCUAUCGCUCAAGCUUGAGCUGGAAGAAUUAAAAGUGCGAAUAACAACGCUGACCAGUGCAAUUGAUGCUAGUGUCGCUAGCACUACAGCCAGUUUGCGUCAGUUUGAGGAAAAGCUGGCCGAGUGUAAGCCCGUUAGUUCCACCAAUUUGAAUGACAAACCGGGAGCUACUCCGCGCGGUAUGCAGAACUGGCCUACAAUAAGUCGCCCAGUGACUAAAAGACGCCGUGAAGAGCAAUAUGCUACUAACCGGGACGCUAUUGUUGGAACGAACUCCAGCCUGCUAACAUCAAUAGCUACUGUUCCUGCCGCUGAGAAAAAAUUCUGGAUUUAUAUAUCCAGAAUUCACCCAGAUGUUUCGUGUGAAAAUAUUCAUGAAAUGGUCAAAGAGUGUCUGCAAUGCGAUGAGCCAGCUGAUGUGGUGAAAUUGGUUAAGAAGGAUGUGGAUACAAAAACACUCCGUUUUGUUUCAUUUAAAAUAGGCAUUGAUCCAAAACACAAGACCACUGCCCUUUCACCAAGCACUUGGCCCGCCGGAAUAUUGUUUAGAGAGUUUAUUGAAAAUGGACCAAAAAACGGCCGAGACCUGGCGCCUGCAACGCCUCUGACUAUAACACCUGUUUGCCAAUAACUGUGAUGCAUCCUACGGGGGACCAAGGGGGCCAACGGGCCCCCUCUCCGGUUAAGUAUAUGUAUAAUAUUUGCUUGCAAAAAUCUCAGGGAAUGUGCGUUUUUUCUAGCCAACCCGAGCUAACAGCUGCCGCUCAAAAAUGCUACAUUGAUGAACUUGAAAGGAGCGAUAAACAAAGGACUGAAAGCGCUGUUCAAGCUGCUGACACUGAUGAUUUAAUGAACGACCAACGUGAAGUCGACAGUUUAAGAAGGGUUUUUGAUUCUGACGGUGAGCGCGAGCAUGUACUUGUCACAGGUAAACAACAAGAAUGUAUAUGUUCACAUGAAGCUAGGUGUUCGGACUCUGCCGUCGUUGAAAUUCAACCCAAUUUUCAGUCGAAUUCUACAAUUGAUGUUUGUGUCGAUGGCGCGCCGCUGGAUGCUGAUUUAUGCGACAACCUCAAUUUCUUCUACCAGAAUGUGAGAGGGCUACGCACUAAAAUCGACGAGCUGUUUGUUGCCACUUUGGAUGCUGAUUAUGACGUCAUCGUUUUCACCGAAACCUGGCUGAACGAUCAAAUUUGCUCCCCUCAGCUGUUUGGACCAAUGUACACAGUUUACCGCAAUGACCGUGACGUAGCACGUACAGUUCGCUCUGUUUUGGAAACAUCUGCUAUCAUAUGGAGCCCUUACACUGACAUCUGGGCCAACCGGAUUGAAUCAGUACAGGUCAGGUUUCUGCGUUACGCUCUAAGAUCACUUCCAUGGCGUGAUCCUGCCCAAUUACCACCAUAUGCUAACCGAUGCCGUCUACUUGGCAUUGACACACUAGCAAAAAGAAGAGACGUGUCCAAGGCUGUAUUCGUGGGAAAACUACUAAGUGGCGAAAUUGACGCUCCAAACAUUUUGGCUCAAAUCAACGUGAAUGUUCCCUAUCGAAACCUAAGAUUGCGAAACUUUCUGCGUCUCCCAUUUCAUCGUACAGAAUAUGGCCAAAACGAACCCAUCAGGGCGAUAUGUGACGUCUUCAACAAUGUAUUUUACUUAUUUGACUUCAACGUUUCUAGUAUUACUUUUAAAAAUAGACUCAAGCGAAUGUUGUAAUUUGUUAGCCUUAGGGUAAAUUUGUUUCUUAGCUAGUUAAGUGAUUUCAUGUGUCAUAUUUUACAAUAGUAUAUUUAUUUGUUGUUAGACUUAAAUUCAAAAAUGUUAAUGUUCAAUCAAAAGAUGGUGGGGUUUUUACGCGCAUUUGAGCUUUUCUUAAGGAAUUUCUCGAAUGGGCUUUUCCCCACCCAACCCACUUCAUUAAGACCAAAAAGGUCAGAUGAUAUGAAUAAA